AUGAAGGAGCACUCGGAGGAAGUCAGCCUGUGCGUGGAGGCCACAGAGCAGAGCAAGACUGAGUUCUGCAACCCUGCCUUCGAGCCUGAAGAAGAGCCGCCCUGCCCGGCACCUGCCUUCCAGGGGGAGGCGCCCUGCAGCAGCCCAGCUCCCUGGCAUGGCCGGCGCCCGCGAGGGCUACAGCCCGACUGCCGCUUCUCCUGGCUCUGUGUGCUCCUGCUUGCCGGCCUGCUGCUCCUGCUGCUCGGGCUGCUGGUGGCCGUCAUCCUGGCCCAGCUGCAGGCUGCACCUCCACCCGGGGCCACCUACGGCCCCCUGCCUGCCCGGGGCCUCGCCACCACUGCCACCGCCACCCCCAGCACCAUCCCCACCACCACCACAGCCUCUCCAGCGCCUGGGCUCCCUGGCCGGCCACAGCAGGCGGGCGUGAGUCCCCCACCCCACCCCACCUGUGGGGGUCUCCUGCCUGGCCCAAGGGGCUUCUUCAGCAGCCCCAACUACCCGGACCCUUACCCACCCAAUGCCCACUGCGUGUGGCACAUCCAGGUGGCCACAGACCACACGAUACAGCUCAAGAUCGAAGCUCUUAGCAUGGAGAGUGUGGCCUCCUGUCUCUUUGACCGCUUGGAAAUCUCCCCAGAGCCUGAAGGCACCCUCCUCAGGGUGUGUGGGAGGGUGGCGCCUCCCACACUCAACACCAAUGCCAGCCGCCUGCGGGUGGCUUUCGUCUCCGACAGCAGUGUGGAAGGCUCUGGCUUCCAGGCCUGGUAUCAGGCUGUGGCCCCCGGGCAUGGGAGCUGCGCCCACGAUGAGUUCCCCUGUGACCAGCUCACCUGCCUGCUCCCCGACUCGGUAUGCGAUGGCUUUGCCAACUGUGCUGACGGCAGUGACGAAACCAACUGCAGCGCCAAGAGCUCGGGGUGCGGGGGGAACUUGACGGGGCUCCAGGGUGCUUUCUCUACUCCCAGCCACCUGCAGCAGUACCCGCACCACCAGCUCUGCACCUGGCGCAUCUCGGUGCCCGCCGGCCUCGGCAUUGAGCUGCAGUUCCACAAUUUCAGCCUGGAAGCACAGGACGAGUGCAAGGUGGCCUACGUGGAGGUGUAUGAGACCAGCAGCUCGGGGGCCCUCAGCCUCCUGGGCAGGUUCUGUGGGGCAGAGCCGCCCCCUCGCCUCCUGUCCUCACACUGGGAGCUGGCUGUGUUCUUCAGGACAGACCACGGCGUCAGCGGCGGGGGCUUCUCAGCCACCUUCCAGGCCUUCAAUGCCACAGAAAACCCCUGUGGGCGCCGAGAGUCCCCCUGCCGGGACGGAGAGUGUAAGGGGCUGCAGUGGGGAUGCGACAUGUGGAGAGACUGCACAGAUGGCGGCGGUGACAACUGCAGCAGCCCCCUGGCCCCACCGCCAGAGCUGGCCUGUGAGCCCGUCCAGGUGGAGAUGUGCGUGGGUCUGAGCUACAACACCACGGCCUUCCCUAACAUCUGGGUGGGCAUGGCCACCCAGCAGGAGGUGGUAGAAGUCCUCCGAGGUUACAAGAGCCUGACCAGUCUGCCCUGCUACCAGAGUUUCCGGCGGCUCCUCUGUGGGCUGCUGGUGCCCCGCUGCACCCCGCUGGGCAGCGUCCUGCCUCCCUGCCGCUCUGUCUGCCAGGAGGCUGAACGCCAGUGCCAGUCUGGCCUGGCCCUCCUGGGCACCCCCUGGCCCUUCAACUGCAACAGGCUGCCUGAGGCAGCUGGCCUGGAAGCCUGCGCCCAGCCGUGA